AUGGUUUGCAUUGCGUUCAAAUCACUCGGACAUGAAUCGUUUCACGAUUCACAUUCCCUAAUUGAUUACAAAGAUGAAAAAAUAAAUAAAUCUAACGAAAACGAUUUAUUAUAUGGUGAAUUAAAAACGGUUGUAAUCGAUUACCAAGCAGUUAUGAAGAAAUAUGAAGAUUUUUUAACUCUUUUUGGACGAAUAAUAUUGGUGCAAAUUGUUGUUUCGUCAAUAACACUCAUCGUACUUUGGUUCAUUUUUAUCAUGAGUUUCUCCGAAGUGGAUAAAUUAAUGGGUUCAGAUGUUACAAUAGCAAUAAUUCUUUGCUCAAUCCCUCCACAUACAUUUCAGAUAUAUAUGGAGUGUUAUUUAUUUGGAUAUUUACAUGAUCAAAAAGAUGCAAUAGUAUUGGCAUUGUACAGCAGCAAUUGGACCAAAAUGGAUAUAAGGUGUAGAAAAAUGAUUUUAUUAACAAUGAAAAUGCAUAAUGCUCAUUACCAAAAGUUAAAAUUUACUAGAACGAAAAUUGUAAACUUGGAGAUGUUUUUUAAGACCAUGGGUGAUUGCUACACGGUCGUAUCGGUUUUAAUAAAAUAUAUAAAAUCAAUGAACGAAUAG